UAGCUUUGUCAUGUGAUGGAAAGCAGUUGUAAGACAGGUGCCCUCGGUUCAUUGUCAGUGAGGGGCGUCCGGGAACGAGUGGAUUUUCUCUUUUGCCCGUGAUUUCUUUUUUAUUUUUUCGUGCCGUCAUUCAGGGGCUGGAUGGCGUGGGACAGGUGUAACCAAGAUUCGGUGUGGAGAGAACUAGAGUGUGCUGCCUUGGUUGGUGAAGACCAGCCCCUUUGCCCUGACCUGCCUGAGCUUGACCUCUCUGAGCUGGAUGUCAGUGACCUCGAUGCAGAUAGUUUUCUGGGAGGACUCAAGUGGUACAGCGACCAAUCAGAAAUCAUUUCCAGUCAGUACGGCAAUGAAGCAUCGAACCUGUUUGAGAAGAUAGAUGAGGAAAAUGAGGCCAACUUGCUGGCAGUGCUCACAGAAACACUGGACAGUAUCCCAGUGGAUGAAGACGGGUUGCCUUCGUUCGAGGCCCUGGCAGAUGGGGACGUGACCAAUGCCAGUGAUCAGAGCUGUCCUUCCACCCCAGACGGCUCGCCACGCACCCCAGAGCCAGAGGAGCCUUCCUUGCUGAAGAAGCUCCUCCUGGCGCCUGCUAACUCCCAGCUCAGCUAUAAUCAAUACCCAGGUGGCAAGGCACAGAACCAUGCAGCCAGCAACCAACGGAUCAGACCAACACCUGCUGUUGCCAAGACAGAAAACCCCUGGAACAGCAAACCACGAGGGUCCUGUCCCAACCGGUCCAUGAGACGUCCGUGCACUGAGCUGCUCAAGUACCUCACCUCUAGCGACGAGGCCUUCCAGACCAAAGCCAGGGAAGCCAAGAGCGCCUGGACAGGUUGCGGCAAGGACAGGGGAGGGGCUUGCACGUCCUCCUGCUCAUCUUCUUCCUCUCCAUCGUCCUCGUCCACCUCCUCUUUCUCCUCCUUGUCUUCCUGCUCCUCUUCCACCGCCUCCAAAAAGAAGACAUCCUCUGCCUCCCCUUCAUCACAACAGCAGCAGCAGCAGCAGCUGGCAGUGCAGGCCCAGCGAGGUGAGAGCCAGGCAGCCGGCACGUGUAGUGUGGCUGGUGAGGGGGCGGGGAAGUGGCGGCGGUGUACUCAAGGGGGGCACUCCGCUCCCGUUGCGCUGUCCCAUGGAAGCGGCUGUGGCCAUGCCUGCUCCGGCGAAGAGGGAAGGCCGCCAGGCCUGCAGCCAGUUGUUGACCCAGGCAGCUUGGCCGCUGCCCGCUUUAUUAGGUACAUGCACUCUUACUCUCUCCCGCCUAGAGAGACGGGUCAUGCAGGCAGCUGUGGUCAUUGCCUUGAGGCGGGCGGCUUGGCUGAGGCUGGCCGUCCUAAUAGGCACGUUACGGUGACCAUUAGGAAAAGGAGGCAAGAGCUAGAGCACCCCAUGCUCAGUCAGCUGCUCACCUCCAGGCCCAGGCCGGCCCGUUACCGGGCUCACCUGCAGUUGCCCCAGAAUAAAAGGCGAGACCUACCAGACAUGGCUUCUAGAGUCCAAAAGAGCCACAAAAACUUAGAGCGAGCUAGUCGUGAGCGCCUUAGAGACCAGCGCAAUCUUAAGUGUUCGUCAGAGAUUAAAUUAGACCUAGAGAGCUGGUUAAACAUGCCAGAACAGGUGAUAGGAGACAGCUUGCAUGAUCCGGUGGGCCAAGCCGGGGAGGAUGUUUUUGAUGAUGUCAUAGGCAGCCCCAUGUCAUUCUCACAGGGCUUGCCAAGCCCAUUGUUCCCCGACUCUUUAGUUCCAGAGCUCACGCCCUCCGACUCACAAAAACAGGCACUCCGCAGGCACCUCGAUGACCAAGUCCCACCAAUGUUAGCCAAACCAACCAUCUUGCCACUUCCUUUGACCCCAGAGUCUCCAAAUGACCACAAGGGAUCUUCGUUUGAGAACAAAACCAUUGAACGCACAUUGAGUGUGGAGAUCUGUGGAACCCCAGGUCUGACACCACCUACCACGCCUCCUCACAAAGCCAGUCAAGAGAUCCCUUUCAAAGUAUCACUCAAAAACAAGCUGUCUUCAUGCUCUCCCUCGGCCCUGACAAGCAAAAGGCCCAGGCUGAGCAAUGGGGGCUCUUGCCCUCAGCCAACCAGUGGCUCUAUUCGGAAGGGCCCAGAGCAGACUGAGCUGUAUGCCCAGUUGAGCAAGGCCUCCUCUACAAUGCGCCCAGGGGUUUUGGAGGAGCGUCGGGGCAAGCGGCCCAUGCCCCGCGUCUUUGGCGAUCACGACUAUUGCCAGUCUACAAGCACAAAACGAGACAGUACCACCAUAGCUGCAGCGGUAACUGGGCCAAUGGACGGCCGGCAUGUGGAAUGUAAAGACUCAAACAUGCCGACCUCCUCUAUUUCUACAUCUUCAUUGUCUUCCGCCUCCCCUUCUUCUUUCUCCCUGGCCAGGCAGCUUCAGGGCCUUUCCUCCAAAUCUCAGGAGGCUUGUCCGGACACGGAUGCUCACAGACAGGACCGCGACUCCACUUUGGGCUCCAAAACAUCAACAGAUGACAGUUCUGCUGGCAGGAAACUACUUAGGGACCAGGAAAUCCGCAAAGAACUCAACAAGCACUUUGGAAAGCCUCAACAAGCCUUCUAUAGCGGGGUAGUGGGAGAGCAGAGGGGCAUCCGGUCUCUCGAGGAAAGUGACUCUGGGGACGAGUACCCUGGUCUUCUCGAUGACUACAUACACCCGGGUCUGCCUGACUUUGAUGACCUGGAGGUAGGCCGGGAGCGCCUGCUCUACUUGGGAGAAGGUUCUCCACUCGAGCUGCUCCUCGAAGGGUCGCCCUCCAGCUCCCCUUCCAGCAGUUCAUUCUCAUGGAGCUCCGUCUCACCUCCUUCCACUCAACUCUCCCCACAGCACCACCGCUGGCCACGCUCCAUCUCCCGUUCCCAUUCCUCAUCUCACCACAGACGCAGAUCCCGCUCCAGGUCUCCAUACUCCCGCUCCGAGUCUCCCGACACCCGUUCUCCCUCUUGGUCUCCUCACAAUUUGGGCGAUAGCACUUUUAUUCCCAGGAUUUAUAGAAGCCCUCAGUCCCAGGCUCAUUGUAUUUUUGCCCGGAGACCCAGGUAUGACAGCUAUGAGGAAUACCAGCACGAGCGUCUGAAACGGGAAGAGUACCGACGUGACUAUGAGAAACGGGAAUGUGAGAGGGCUGAACAGAGGGAGAGACAACGCCAAAAAGCAAUAGAGGAGAUGCGAGUGGUGUAUGUGGGACGUCUUCGUACCGACAGCACACGCACAGAGCUCAAACGCCGCUUUGAAGUCUUCGGCGAGAUUGAGGAGUGCACAGUCGACUUGAGACAUGACGGGGAUAACUUUGGCUUCAUCACCUACCGCUACACUUGUGAUGCGCUCGCUGCCCUUGAGAAUGGACACACCUUGUGCAGGUCAAACGAGCCUCACUUUGAGCUCUGCCUUGGUGGACAAAAGCAGUACAGUAAAUCGAAUUAUACAGACUUAGAUUCCCAUUCUGAGGACUUUGAUCCAGCCUCCACUAAAAGCAAGUACGACUCCAUGGAUUUCGACAGCUUGUUGCAGGAGGCCCAGUAUAGCCUGAGAAGGUAAUGAGCUGCACCGCUGCACCGGCUGGCUGCAAAGAGAGGGAUUCGCAAUACCUCACUGUUGUUUCUGUUCUUUGAAUACAAGACUACAAGACGUUUUACACUUUAUCAAAGUGGAAAGAGUAUAUGUGGAUGAAAAAGCUCCAGGUAUAUAAAGGGAUAUAUAUAUAUAUGUAUAUCUGCAAGCAAAGUUUACACGAACCUAGCUGCUGCAACGCUGGGGAGAGACUUUACCUGUGGGAAUAGCCAGUGAAGUAGCGGACACUACUUUAGUGGACUACACAGAUCCGUGUGCUGCGAGAGACUUUGGAAGAGACACGAAUCUUCAUCAGAGUUCGCUCCACACGCCGCAUCAACCUCGGCACUUUCGAGAGGUGAAGAGUGCAGCUCGUUCAGUCUGUUUUUAUUGUUUGGAGUUUAUUUUUGUGGGCUUUUUCUGUUCCUUUUUUAUUUAAUCUGGUGUUUGGACGUGGUGUUACACUGUUGACAAGGGUUUGGGGAAAAUCUCUCGGAUGUUUAAGGUAACAUUGUCUACAUUUAUCGAGAGGUGGGGGGGGUGUUGUAAUCGCCUAUUUACAAAAUGAAUAUUUUUAUUUGAUGUGCAUAUCAGAUUUCUUUGUUUGUUACAGCUAUGCACUGUAAAAUGCAGCCUUUUUAAGAUGAAAUUUUCUUAAUCGAGAAUGUUUAUCUGUAGUCAUUACGGUGAUGUAUAACCUACAUGGCGUUUAGAUGACGUGAUUUGAUUGUAAAAAUAUGGAGGGAGAUUUAUCGCUCUUGUUUUGGGGGAGCAUGCAACAGUUUAUUUUUCAGUUUUCUUUUGGUUUUUCUUCUUUUGGUUCAUUUUAUUUUAAAACUCCAGUUUCAUCCAAUUUUGAAGUUUAACAACUCGGUGUUUUCCGUAUAUACAUGCAGUGUGUAAGAUAGCGUCUAUGUUCACUAUUGUAAAAAAAACAAAAAUUGAAAGAAAAGCCCUGAGAUAUUUUUUUAUCCUUUAUGUCUUGAAAGAAUCGAAAGCUUUUAUUUGAUUUCCCUGUGCACACAAAUCAUUGUUAUUGUUCCUGUUUGAUUAUAAACUUUCACAGAGAUGAUUACUCUUCUAACACAGAAUUAUCAUGCUUAUUUAUGUAUUUAUCUCAGUAUUUUAAUCAAAAUAUUUAUGGCAGCCAUCUCACAUGAUGCGCCUUACAAAUUUUGCUAUUUAUAUUAUUUGUUAUUCAGCAAUCACUGGAAAGGAUGUAAAUUUAAAAGUUCUCAGAAAUACUGUUUUUAUAUAUGCCUUCAGCGAAAGAACAAAAACAUAUUGUAUAAUCACAUUUUAGGCUCAUGAUGAACUUUGCUGCUCCAAACUCAUUCGUUUUUCUAACUCUGAACCACUUUCAUCCCUCUUUUUCAUCUGUUUUUUUAUUACAUGAAGCAAUAAAAUGAUUUUGCAGGAAUUUUGUUGUACCACAGAAAAAUAUCUUUACUCCACACUUUUGAUUAUGUAAAUGACAAACUAAAGUUUACAAUUUUUUCUUUCCUUAAUUUUUUAAAAAGAAGAAAAAAAAAAAGAUGUAUUUGAUGUAAAAAAUAAUAUAUAUAUAUAUUAUUGUCAUUACUCACAAUAACUCUAAAUAAUGAAAAGUAAUAAUGCAUAUGAAAAUGUGAAUUAAAAAAUAAAAUAAAAUAAAAAAGCAAUAAAUUAUUUUUCAAAGCUGUAUUUUAGCUCGUGUUGUUGUAUGGUUUUAGACAUGACAUAUUACCCAGACUCUGUUCAUCCCAGUGCCUCGAUACAGAUGGUAAGAUCGCCGCCGCUGGAAAGAGAAAUAGAUUGUGAAUGCAGCUCAUGUGUGUGUGAGAGUGAGAGAAGAAUUUAAUACAAGCAAUGACUUAAAUGGUUAAAAAGCCCAAAAUUGCAUCUGUGAAAUCGAGUCUCUUUCCAAAGUGAGAGCUAUUUUUGUCGAUGCUGUGGUUUGAAGGUACCUCAGAGGAACUGUAAAUAAUUUAAAAUGGCCCAAACACAUCAGUCCCUUGUCACUGACACUCAAAGUAACCUUUCUUUGUCAAUUAAGGACAGGUUUUGUUGUUUGAAUGAGAAGCCCACAUUGAAAGAAUGACAGUGUUACUGCACUGAAAGAGGCAUUGAAAGAGCAUUAUUUUCUGCACAGAGCUUGGGUAUGACGUCAUGUCUCGUUCGAUAUGUGUGGCUUUAAUCAUUGCAACAUGUCUGUUGCAAAUCUGCUUUGUAAAUUGCUGUAGCAAUAUGUUACAACACCUGAUGGGGUGUAUCUUUUGGAGUGGCGGACUUUUUACCAUAGUAAAAACUACCGAAGGAUUUGCCACCGCUUUGGAAGUAUUUUAUUUUUAUUUUAUUUCAUUUUUUUGGGUGUUUCCAUGAAGAAGCAGAUCUAUCUAAAUGAGGCUGUGUGUGGUUUUGUGUGUGGAUUUGAUAGAGUGUGUGUGUUCUGGGGGUCAAGGGGACUGUGUUUGGCUGUUAUCUGCUAUUUGUCUCCUAUCCAUGUUGCCUUCUGCUGAGUCCUAACCAAUGCCUUUGUAGUUGUACGUAUUGUACAAUCUUUGUUGUGAAUUUUCUUUUUUUUAUGUGUAGUUUUCAUCAGCCUCACCAUGCCAAUAAAGGAAUUUGUGUCUAA